CAGUUUCCCAUGCGAAACCGAACCGGCCCCCAACGUCCCCGCAAUGCAGACGAGAACGCGAUGAGCAAGCACGUCCGUCAAGCGUCCGGGGUUGCGCUCGCAGGAGCGUCCCGUGUCCCCAUAGCGCACACCGUCAAGGGUGCCGUCCAACGACCCGUCCUCACUGAGGUGACCACGACUGCUGUCAACCGCACUGGCAAGGUUCGUCUCUUCCAUCCUCUAAAAUCACGUUACGGCCCCACCCUCCCCGUACCCGUGCCUGGCGAUACGUCCAUGCGCUGCUCGUGGAUCGGUGUGGUCGAGGUGUUUCUCCCAUCACUGGGAUCGCCCAUGACGAGUUUGAUGUUGGGCGCUCCCUAUGCCUAG